GAGUGGUAGGACAUAACCAUGAGAAGGUAGUAGUGGGAUUCAAUGAAAAAGAAAAAAAAAAAGAGAGAAGAGGGUGGAAUGAGAGUAUACACAUAAUCCAAGUCAUUAUGAAUGGAUGAAGAUGACACCUCACUCAAGAAUUAAAUUAACCAGGAAGGAAGGAAGGAACUGAAAGAAACCCUCUCCUUUUUCUCUUCAACAAACCCCUUCUUCAACUCCAAUCUCUUUAUUUAUUUUUUCUUUUUUCUUUUGAACAAAUUCACAAACACAUACAGUGCUUCUUUCUUAUUGCUAUCCUUGUGUGGUUGAUGAAAUGGGGGACAAGCACCAUCUCGACGACAGCAGCGAUUUCACCUCCGAGGACGAAGGCACCGAGGAUUACCGCCGCGGUGGCUACCACGCUAUCCGAAUCGGCGACACCUUCAACGCCGGUUGCUAUGUCGUUCAGUCUAAGCUCGGUUGGGGCCAUUUCUCCACUGUCUGGCUCGCUUGGGACAUCAAACAUUCUAGGUAUGUGGCUUUGAAGGUUCAGAAGAGUGCUCAGCACUACACCGAGGCGGCCAUGGAUGAGAUAACGAUUUUGCAACAGAUUGCGGAGGGAGACCCUGACGAUAAGAAAUGUGUGGUGAAGCUUUUGGACCAUUUCAAGCAUUCUGGUCCCAAUGGGCAGCAUGUCUGCAUGGUGUUUGAGUACCUUGGGGACAAUCUUUUGACACUUAUUAAGUACUCUGAUUACCGUGGGUUGCCUAUCGCCAUGGUUAAGGAUAUUUGCUUUCAUAUUCUGGUUGGAUUGGAUUACUUGCACAAACAGCUUUCCAUCAUACAUACUGACUUGAAGCCUGAAAACAUCCUGCUUUUGUCGAUGAUUGAUCCAUCUAAGGAUCCUAGGAAGUCUGGGGCGCAGCUUAUUCUUCCUAAUAGUAAGGACAAGAUGGUGCUAGAGUCGUCAGGUGUGAAAGAUACGAAGAUGUUGAAUGGGGAUUUGGUUAUGAAUCACAAGAAGAAGAUAAAGAGAAAAGCUAAACAAGCAGCCCAUGGUUGUUUUGAGAUGGAAGUUUCUGAAGGAGUUGAGGGUAAUCCUGAAACUUCUGGGGCUGUGGAGUCGUCUCCUAAUGCGAGUUCUACAAGGGCUUCCAGUUCUGCAGGAACUAGUAGGUUAUCGGAUGCUGAUGGAACAAAGUUGAAAGAGCAGGGUAACAAAAGAGGAAGCCGAUCAAUGAGACAGAAGCUGCUGGCAUCAGUUGAUCUCAAGUGCAAGUUAGUGGACUUUGGUAAUGCCUGCUGGACAUAUAAACAGUUUACUAAUGAUAUCCAGACAAGACAGUAUCGGUGCCCAGAGGUGAUUCUUGGGUCAAAAUAUUCUACGUCUGCCGAUCUUUGGUCCUUUGCUUGCAUUUGUUUUGAGCUUGCAACUGGAGAUGUGUUAUUUGAUCCUCACAGUGGUGACAACUUUGAUAGGGAUGAGACUAGAUAAAACAUAUGCUAGUAU